AUCGAUUAACCUUCGUCCUGUGGUCGUUCGUCUCUCUCUCUCUUCUAGGUUUGUUUCUUCAUUCUUCUGCACAGUUUAACUCAGGAAUCUCGGCUUCUUCUGCUAUUACAAGAAGCCCAAGACCAUGGCAGCGGAGGCGUCGAGGUCAAGCCCAUCGCCUGACUCCUACAUCGGGAGUCUAAUCACUCUUACGUCUAAUAGCGAAAUCAGAUACGAGGGUAUCCUUUACAACAUCAAUACCGAAGAAUCCAGCAUCGGAUUACGUAACGUUCGAUCAUUUGGAACUGAAGGACGAAAGAAAGAUGGAUCACAAAUUCCUGCUAGUGAUAAAAUCUAUGAAUACAUACUUUUCCGAGGAAGUGACAUCAAGGAUUUACAGGUCAAGACCUCACCACCUGUUCAAACUACACCUGCUCACAAUGAUCCCGCAAUUAUUCAGUCUCAUUAUCCUCGACCCCACGCUGCCUCUUCAAGUCUGCCGCCUCUUGGAACUGGAACCACACAGGAGCUCAGUUCCCACUCAGGACAAGUGGGACUUCACCAUCCAACCUUUCAAGGCAGUUUGCCUCCAUAUCAUACUGGUGGAAACCUAGGGUCUUGGGGCCCCACACCACCUCCACCAACUGCAAAUGGUUCUGGGCUUGCAGUACCACCAUUGUUUUGGCAAGGAUACUAUGCACCCUCAGGAGGGCUUCCUCAUGUGCAGCAACCUCCUCUAAUGAGGCCACUGCCUGGGCUUGCUAUGCCUCCAAUGCAGCAGACUCUGCAGUUUCAGGGCAUGAAUGCCUCUUUAUCUUCUGGCGCUCCAAGCUAUCCAGAAUUCUCUCCCUUGUUUCCAACUGUUAACAGCAACAUGAGUUUAAACUCUACUUCUAUUCCAUCAGCGUUAGCUGCUUUCCAAGCUACGUCAUUUUCUCCUGAGAUCUCACAAAGUUCAGUUUCAAUUAAGGGCCCCAUUACUGCUCUUCCUUCGGUGACCUCAAGUGGAAGCUUGCCAUCAGUGUCACAGAGUUUAUUUUCAAUUAAGGGUCCCAUAACGUCUCUUCCUUCGGUGAACCCAAGUGGAAGCUUGCCAUCUGUGUCCCCAUUAACUCCAGGCAUGGAGAAUUUCAUACCCUUGUCACAAAAUAUACCGCCUGUUCUUAGUGGAAAGCCUAGGAUUAGUUCUACUACCUCUGUGGCUCAUCAGACUGAAACUCAGUCUAUUCCGUCCACCAUUGGUACAUCCAGUUCAAACCAAGCUGAAACGUCUAAUAAGUUGCUGACUCCUGGUCAACUAGUGCAGCCUAACUCUUCUGUAUUGCCUUCCUCACAAACAUUGGAGAAGACCUUAAAAGCAGUGGAGGUUAAACCACAGGAAGAUAAGAGUAAACCACUGUUACCUGAGCCUCCAGCAUUUCAACGAGAAGCUAAUAAAGCUAAGUCACCAGCUGUGGUGAAGGAGUCAAUCCUGCCACUGCCUACUCCUGUUUAUCACAAGCCAAAUGGCGCCGUUUCAAUCACUCAUGAAGGCAACAGGGGGCGUGGAAGAGGAAGAGGAAGUGGGUAUCCACGCACACAGACCACGUUCACUGAAGACUUUGAUUUCACAGCAAUGAAUGAAAAGUUUAACAAGGAUGAAGUUUGGGGCCAUUUGGGCAAAAGCAGACCCCACUCGAGCAACAAUGAAGAAGAUGAUGAAGCUUAUGGCUUCGAGGAAGAAAAUGGGCAGUCUUCAGAACUAGAUAUCAAGCCUGUUUAUGUGAAGGAUGACUUCUUCGACACCCUUUCUUCCAACAGCAACGACCAAACGAACAAUGGGAGGAUCAAGUUCUCUGAGCAGCUGAAGAUUGACGCAGAGACUUUCGGUAACUUUUCGAGGAACCGAUCUGCAUACAGAGGAGGGCGAGGUGUUCGGGGUGGCCGGGGGAGGGGCUCUUACUAUGGUAGGGGCUACGGCUACUCUGGGAGGGGAAGGGGGCAUGCUGGUACGAGCCGAGACUACUAGCAACUUAACUGCAGGUUCUAUGUUAGCUUUCCUGUUAUUCAGUAGUGGUUGAAGUGCUAUUUCUAAUCUUAUUACUGGGAAAUAAGCAAAAUAACUAAGAUGUUUGUCUGAAAUAAAUGCUAGCCAUGGCUAUCUCAUCAGAAAAGCCUGAGAGUAUAUUUGUGUUUGUGAUUUGCAUUUCUAUUGCAAAUUUGGUCUAUUUGGUGGAAUGUCUUCGUCAAACGUUAAUAUAUUUGAAUUAGUUUAUGGUGUUUAUUUUUCUUUUGCUU